AUGGCGUGCGUUUUGGGAAGUACCAUUGUCUUUACAUUAGUGCAUUUAGCGGUGCUUGCAUCGAGUGCAGAGAACGUCAGCGAGGCAUUUAUUAAUUUUGCCGUAGUGCCUGAUGCAAUUCCCGUAACACCAUCCGACCUAGCGAAGGUCCUUUAUGCAGGAGACGUUCAAGUGUUACUGGGGAAUGAAGUUUCUCCUUCUCAAACGAUAAGUAUACCGAGCGUUGACUGGGAUGGAGACAUGAAUUCUGUUUACACACUAGCAAUGAUCGAGAUCGACUUGCCUACUCGCGCUUCGCCCCUACUUCGAGCGUUUCUGCAUUGGCUAGUUGGCAACAUUCCUGGCAAUGAGGUGACCAAAGGGGAAACUCUUGCAGCCUACGUGCCACCCGUUCCUCCUCCCGCCACCGGCCUACAUCGCUACGUAUUCCUCAUUUACCAACAACCCGAGCGCAUCGACUUCAACUUGAACCUUUUGGACUUUACG